AUGGCUCGUAAAACUUUCCGAAAUUCCCACCGAUUCUCCAAAAAAACUUGGCAAACCUCAGACAAUUUGAAGGAUUCGAAAAAAGAAAAACGACUUUUCCAAAAACAUCUCUCGAAACUUCAUGAUCAACGGAAAGAAACAUUUGGUUGUGAUGAACGGAAGAAAAUAGAGGAUGAGAUCAAUGGAAUAGUCAAACAAUGGAAUCGGGAUCAUAACGAAACAUUUCGAAAGUAUGAUUUACAUGGAAUGAUGGUUGAUGAAGCAGAAGAAUACAUCCAGGAGAUUGUUAGUGUUUUGAGAAGAAGGAAUAUCAAACAGGUUGAAGUGAUUACCGGAAGAGGAAAUCACUCGACAAACAACACUCCAUUCAUCAAAAACCAUCUUCUCACGUGUUUCAAUGGAUGUUGUUGUGACUGUCAAUUCAACACGCAUGAGUACAAUGAUGGUUCUCUAUGGCUACGCAUUCACUAA